UUUCGUGUACGAUGCACAUGCAGUAACUUCGACUUUACAUUUUUUUUUUUUAUUUCACUUUAUGAUAACUUUGAUCAAUCUAAAAAUUUAACUAUCUAGACUUUUGGCCCAAAAUUCCUUGUAGAAUUAACGAUAUGAGGGAAAUCGUUCAUAUCCAAGCUGGACAAUGCGGAAAUCAAAUUGGAGCAAAGUUCUGGGAAGUAAUAUCAGAUGAACACGGAAUCGACCCAACAGGCGCAUACCAAGGAGACUGCGAUUUGCAAUUAGAACGCAUCAAUGUUUAUUACAACGAGGCGUCUGGCUGCAAGUAUGUCCCACGUGCUAUUCUCGUCGAUCUGGAGCCUGGCACAAUGGAUUCUGUGCGUUCGGGACCAUUUGGACAAAUUUUUCGACCAGACAACUUUGUUUUUGGGCAAUCUGGAGCCGGUAACAAUUGGGCUAAGGGUCAUUACACUGAAGGAGCAGAGUUAGUUGAUUCGGUAUUAGACGUUGUUCGUAAAGAAGCUGAAGGGUGCGAUUGUUUACAAGGGUUUCAACUGACUCAUUCUCUAGGGGGUGGCACGGGAUCAGGAAUGGGUACUUUGCUUAUAUCAAAGAUUAGGGAAGAGUACCCAGACAGAAUAAUGAAUACGUUUUCAGUGGUCCCAAGUCCAAAAGUAUCAGACACGGUUGUAGAACCCUACAAUGCCACUUUGUCAGUCCAUCAGCUCGUAGAAAAUACAGAUGAGACCUAUUGUAUUGAUAAUGAAGCUUUAUACGAUAUUUGCUUCCGAACACUGAAGUUAACGACUCCGACCUAUGGAGACCUAAACCAUUUGGUAUCCGCUACAAUGUCCGGCGUGACAACAUGCUUACGCUUCCCAGGACAGUUGAACGCAGAUUUACGGAAACUUGCGGUAAAUAUGGUGCCAUUUCCACGCUUGCAUUUCUUUAUGCCUGGAUUUGCACCCCUAACGUCACGCGGAAGCCAACAAUAUCGAGCAUUAAGCGUACCUGAACUUACGCAACAAAUGUUUGAUGCAAAGAACAUGAUGGCAGCUUGCGACCCGCGUCAUGGUCGAUACCUUACUGUUGCCGCAGUCUUUCGUGGUCGCAUGUCCAUGAAGGAGGUGGAUGAACAGAUGCUUAAUAUACAAAAUAAGAACAGUACUUAUUUUGUUGAAUGGAUUCCGAAUAACGUAAAGACAGCCGUCUGUGAUAUUCCGCCACGUGGCCUUAAAAUGUCUGCAACAUUUAUAGGAAACACAACAGCUAUUCAAGAAUUAUUUAAAAGGAUAUCCGAACAGUUUACGGCUAUGUUUAGGAGAAAAGCGUUUUUGCACUGGUACACUGGUGAAGGCAUGGAUGAAAUGGAAUUCACAGAAGCGGAAAGCAAUAUGAACGACCUCGUAUCAGAAUACCAACAAUACCAGGAUGCAACAGCUGAUGAUGAAGGGGAUUUCGAUGAAGAUGUUGAGGAAGAGUAAUAUUUGUUUUGUGUAUGUGAAAAUUGUCCUAUAAGUGCUCUGUCAAUUUGUAAUGUUUAUUAGUAAGUGUGACAAAUAAAUUUUUAUAUAUAUA